CAGGCACAAGACAACGUUGUGCGGCGAAAUCGUUUAGUAGACGCAUGUUGCCCCUGUGGGAUGGAUUGUUGUGCUGGCGGGGGUGAAGGGCGCUGUGCAGUGAGCGUGGCAGGUGUCAUGUGGCAGGGAUGGGGGCCGCCGCCCCCUAUGCUCUAACGUGCUGGCCCACAGUGUCCGGCGGAGGACCAGCCGCACCCGAAGCGGCUCCGCAGUGAAUUGUGUUGUGUGACAUGGCCAUCGCCGUGGGAGGCGAAGAAAGUGCUGGUGAGGGCGGUGUGUGGGCGUCCGGUUCCCGCCCGCAUGAAGACUUGUGCACUAGAACUAGCUGGGCAGACGCCCGCACCGCCCUCGCCCAUAUUAACAAGGGGCGUGCGACAGGAAGCCGGGCGGCCCUGUGGGUGCGGACAAAACUCCAGGUGCAGCUGCUUCAACUGGGCCUGUUCAGCCACAAACACGCCGGGAAAGUGCUGUUCGUGGCGCUCCUCGUCCUGGCCACCUUCUGCGUGGGUCUCAAGAGCGCCACGUUACUUACCGAUGUACAGAAACUUUGGGUGGAAGAAGGAGGAAGGCUGGAGGCGGAGCUGGAAUACGUGACGAGGAGCGUGGGUAAGGGCGCCGGCACCACACAGCAGAUGGUCAUUCUCUCCGGCAGGGACCCCGGCGUGAGUGUGCUGCACCCCCGCGCCCUACUCGCCCACGCUGCUGUGCUCCGGGCGGCGACGCAGGUGAAGGUGGAGCUGUUUGAUAGUUCGUGGGGGCUGAAGGACCUGUGUUUCGCUCCUAGUUUUCCAGUCUUCGAUAACCACUUGAUAGAGAAGAUUUUCGAGAUGAUCACCCCCUGCACGAUCAUCACGCCCUUGGAUUGCUUUUGGGAGGGAUCUAAGCUGCUGGGUCCUGAGUAUCCUGUCACUGUCCCAGGCCUCGGUUCAGGCGUCAAGUGGACGAACCUCAACCCGCAGAAGAUCCUUGACAACAUGGAGGAGUAUGAAAGAUACAAGACGUUCUUCCCUUUCUCAUCCUUCGACGACUUCAUGAAGCGGGCCGGCAUCACCACAGCCUACCAGGAGAAGCCUUGUCUGGAUCCCACCGACCCGCUCUGCCCGGACACGGCGCCCAACAAACACUCUGGCCAGGCGCCGGACGUCGGGGCGGAGUUGACCGGCGGGUGCUACGGGUUCGCCAGCAAGUACAUGCACUGGCCGGAGGAGCUAAUAGUGGGCGCCCCUACAGCCAACAAGACGGGGCAUAUUGUAAGGGCCGAGGCGUUGCAGUCACUGGUUCAACUGAUGGGCUCCAAGAAUUUAUACGAGUACUUCCUGGAUACUUAUCGCGUCCACCACAUCGAUUGGUCGCAGGAGAAGGCAGCGAUGAUCCUGGAGGCGUGGCAGGACAAGUUUACUGAGGAGGUUCUGAAGGAGACGAAGAGGCUGCACAAUCUGACGCGGCCGUACCAGAUGCUGCCCUUUACCUCAGCGGCCCUGGACCACCUCCUGCAGGACUUCUCUGAGGUGCCCGUGGUCAGGGUGGCGCUCGGAUAUGUCUUCAUGGUCGUGUACGCGUGUGUGUCCCUGGCAAGACUCACUGACUCGGUACGAUCAGCCGCGGGUCUUGGUCUGGCUGGAGUGCUGCUGGUGACCGCGUCCGUGGCUGCGGGGCUCGGCUUCUGCGCUCUUCUCGGCCUGCCCUUCAACGCCUCCACCACGCAAGUCCUCCCGUUCCUCGCUCUCGGCCUAGGAGUGGAUGACAUGUUCCUGCUCGCCCACACCUUUCUGCAGACGGUGGAUGACACGAGCAUUCCCUACCAGGAACGCGUUGGGGAGGUGGUGAAGCGUGCAGGGGUCUCCGUGGUUCUUACUUCAGUCUGCAACGCCUGCGCCUUCUUUGCGGGUGCGCUGGUGCCCGUGCCCGCCCUGCGAGCCUUCUGUCUGCAGGCGGCGCUGCUGGUGUUGUUCAACCUGGUGGCGUCCCUCACUGUGUUCCCGGCCAUCAUGAGUCUAGAUCUGCGCCGCCGCCACGCUCGCCGCGCAGACCUCUUCUGCUGCCUGCCCGGGGGUACCAGAGAUCAGGUGGUGCCACUGCAGCAGCAGCAGCAGCAACCCGCUUCAUGCGUUGCCGCGGAGGAGGGGCGCGGUGGUGUACCGCGCCGCCACCCUCGCCCCACUCCCACCCUGCCUGAACGCACUAGGAAGGACACAGUGACGCGGGCACUGCCUCCCCCGGGAGGCGGCACCGUGACCCAUGUUGUGCCUCCUUCUACACCGCGGGAGUGCUGGGGCGCGCCGCAGGACCCGCACUCCACCACGCCCUCCCUGGAGUCGCUGUCUACUACCACGUCCACGCGGGACCUGGUGGACGGCGGCAGGAAGCGCUCCGGCAUGGCGCGGGCGUGGGCGUCGGCGAUGCGGUACUGGUGUGACUGGAGCAUCAGCGGCGUGGCGGGCACAGUGUACGGCCCGGCGCUGACGCACGGGGCGGUGAAGGCGGCGGCCAUGGUGGGGCUGAUGGCAUCGGUGGCCGCGGCGGCGUGGGGCGUGAGUCGCGUGGAGGACGGCCUCAAUCUGACGGACGUGGUGCCCGCCGACACGCCGGAGUACGCCUUCUUCGCGGCGCAGCAAAAGUACUUCGGGUUCUACAACAUGUUCGCGGUGACGCAGGGCAACGUGGAGUACCCCAGCAAGCAGCGCCUCCUGCACGACUACUACGACGCCUUCAACAGAGUGACCCACAUCAUCAAGAACGACGACGGCGGCCUUCCCGAGUUCUGGCUCUCGCUCUUCAGGGACUGGCUCAUCGGUCUCCAGGCAGCGUUCGACAGGGAUUGGCGUGACGGAUGCAUCACACAGGAGACGUGGCACAAAAACGCUUCUGACGAGGGAGUGUUGGGUUAUAAGCUCCUUGUGCAGACUGGACACGUUGAUAACCCCAUUGACACAUCGCUCGUCACUCAGAUUCGCCUGGUGGAUUCUGAGGGCAUCAUCAACCCCAAGGCCUUCUACAACUAUCUCACGGCCUGGGUCAACACGGACGCCCUUGCUUACACCUCGUCCCAGGCUGACCUUCGCCCGGAACCCCGACAUUGGACCCAUGACAGAUACGACUAUGAACUGAAGAUCCCGAAGAGCCCUCCGCUGGUGUACACGCAGCUCCCCUUCUACCUGCACCAGCUGAGCGACACGGAGUCCAUCACUGCCAUGAUACAGGAGGUGCGCGCCAUCUGCCGGAAGUUCGAGGAGAGAGGUCUUCCAAACUUCCCUACCGGCGUGCCCUUCACCUUCUGGGAGCAGUACAUCAAGCUCAGGUUCUAUCUGGUGCUGGCGCUGCUGGCGGUGCUGACGGCUGUGUUCCUGGUGCUGGCCGUAGUGCUGAUGAACCUGUGGGCUGCUGCUCUGGUGGUGCUGCUCCUCGCCGCCCUCGUGCUGCAGCUGUUUGGCCUCCUGGGCGUGCUGGGCGUGAAGCUGUCAGCCGUGCCCGCUGUGCUGCUCAUUGUCAGCGUGGGUGUGGGCGUGGAGUUCUGCGUGCACGUGACUGUGGGCUUCCUGACGGCGGUGGGCGGGCGGGACCGGCGGGUGGUGUUGGCGCUGCAGCACAUGGCGGCGCCGGUGCUGCACGGGGCCGCCUCCACACUGCUGGCCUCACUCAUGCUGCUCUUCUCCGAGUUCGACUUCAUCAGGAGAUACUUCUUCAGUGUCCUUCUGGCCCUGACGGUGCUCGGAAUCCUGGACGGUCUGGUCUUCCUGCCAGUCCUGCUGUCUCUGGUGGGUCCUCCUGCAGAAGUCGUACCAAGGAACCACCCGGACCGCCUGCCCACGCCCUCCCCGCCGCCCACUCCGCAGCCCACGCACGCGCACGCCCAUAGCGGGUCUUCCAGGCGUAGCGGCAGUCGUGUAUCCUCCGGGAGAAGCUCAAGGAGAUCGUCAGGGGGCGUGGGCGGGUCAGGGUCGUUAUACCCACGACUUCACGGGUCUAACUUGUCCUUAACGACCAUCACUGAGGAACCGUCGUCCUCCACCAGGUCGUCCCAAUCCCUCAGGUCGUCCCAUGAGAUCGUAGUGGAGCCUCAGGUUGUGGUGGAGACGACGACCUCCCCAGCCACGACCACCGCGGGGGAGGGGCACCACCACGACCACCACUUCACCACCAAGGUCACCGCCACGGCCAAGGUCAAGGUGGAGCUACUCACGCCCCUGCCAGGCGCCGUGGAGCCAACCUUCCGUACCAGCAGUAGCAGCAGCAGCAGCAGCAGGCGCAGCAGUCACCGAAGCAGUAGUAGAGGAGGAAGAGAAGGAAGAGAAGAGGAAGAAGGAAGAAGAGGAAGAGGAGGAGGCAGAGGAGGAAGAGGAUCAACAGUUGUCUCUCCUCCUCAUUCCCCGUCCUCUACCUCCUCGUCUUCUUCCUCCUCUUCGUCUUCCAAGUCAUUGUCGGAUGUGGAGGAAGAUGCGCCUUCUAAGUGAGGUGUGUCGCGGCGCCCUCACCUGCCGUCCGAGGCAGCCGGGAGCUCCGCAGUAUCAAACACAAAGUCAAAACUGCAUCUCCUGCGGUGCCGCCUUCAGGAAGAUGACGCCACGCCUCCCUCGGGGCUCCUGCAUCCGAUCAUCCCGGAUGUAUCCUGAGCACCAAGGGUCUCUCCUGAGACUUGCCUUGCCUCCUUCACGCCGCCGAGGCCCCGGUGGACACACGGAGAUAACGGGAAGACCUCCACGGUCCUCACACAACCAGAGGAACAUCGCAGCCCCUGCCAAGACGCCUAAUACUGCCUGGCGUCUGCGAGAGGAGUCAAGGAAGGAGGCGUGCAUAUGGUAACAGUAUUAGGAGCAACUGGACCAGGCUGGGUAGUGAGUGACGUGCUCCAGGAGCGAACACGUCACUGGUAGCAUUCGUACCUCAGUUUCAUUUUUGUAUUGUCUGUUUUUCCGUGUUGGCUCAGCUUCCUCAGCACCUCAGCAAAAGCACUGGACUCUGCUGCGCUACGUGUUUUAACUCCAGAUGGUCAGUACUCGCGGAGGUGUAGUGACGAGUGGCGUGUAUACUGUACCUGCAUCGUCCUCGUCGUCUCCACAAAGGCUUAAUACUCGUGACGGAAGAGGCCAGAGGAGUGAAGAUAGCGUCUGUACUGGUUGUGGGUCAUCCUGGGCGCCACACAGACCUCAUGUGCUCGUGUCGUGACCGUGUCGUAAAGAAAGUGACGGUGAGGAGAAUGGGAGAAAAAAGAGUAGAGAGGUUAAAGAAAGUGAGGAUAAUGAAGUGACACUGGGAUGAAGCAGAGGGGAAGAGACAGUAAAGGAAAGUGAUGGUGAAAUGACAGAAAACGGAGAGAAAGCACCUCACCUUCACCCUCACAAACUACUGACGAAGGACAAACAAGUGACAGUCGUGAGUGCGUGCCAGUCACACACACACACACACACACACACACACACACACACACACACACUUUCCCCACGAUAUCAACACAAAGGACUCUGUUAAAGGGCAGUUUCACCACCACGCAUCCUUACCUCACUCUUCCCUAGGGACACGCUGAUCCUGAAGGGCACACUGGACCAGAAAUAAACGCGUGGUCGAUUCACAAAAUGCGCAGCCCUCAUUCACACACUCAUUCACACCCACAUACUCACUCACGCCCUUCCCAUGUCAUGCCCACCCCUCCCACCUCCCUCCCAACCUGUGCUCCGUAUCCUAAGCCUCCCUCCUCCUCCGUGGGCGUGUUUGAGCUUCCUCAUGUUGGAUUGAGAGAUAGAUAUACGCUCAUCUAUACAAGGGUGUGCAUUUCCCUGCCCAACACGCACACACACGCACGCACACACGCAAAGUUCACGUCUCAGAUGUUUAUUAUUUUAUAUUUUUGUAUAUGGUCGAAGAUGGUCCGUACUAGUAACUUAUAUAAAUAUAUAUAUUAAUAAGAACCAUCGAUUCUUCUCUCAGGUCUCUUGUAUUAUUAUUAUUAUCAUUAUUUUUUUAUCAUUAUUUUUCCUCGGUGGUCCGUUAUUCCUUGUCACGCACACACACACACACACACACACACACACACACACACACACACACACACACACACACACACACACACACACACACACACACACACACACACACACACACACACACACACACACACACUGUAUUUUUAUUUUUAACCGUACAAACAUGAACAAAUGUAUCACAGUUUCAAUAGAAGACAAAAACGUAGUACACUUAUUAUCAAGGGAAAGCGGACCAAUGGUAGUGCAGUCUUGCCCUCCGCCCUCCAAACCACACCACAAAUUGUACAGUGUAUAGAAUAAUUUGUAUUUUAUUGUAGAAAACCUCUUUUCUAGCAUAAAAAUGACUGUAAAGAAAAAAAUCUCAAAUAAAAGUGAAUUCAGAAA